AUGGCACCAUCUAAGGUUUUCUUCAUCUUCGGUCUGUUGUUGAUCCUAAUUGUGGGAGUCUUCGCACAAGGCCGUGGUGGUGGUUUCGGCGGCCGAGGAGGCGGUUUUGGUGGUCGUGGAGGUGGAUUUGGCGGUCGUGGAGGUGGAUUUGGGGGUCGUGGGGGUGGAUUUGGAGGCCGCGGAGGCGGAUUUGGAGGUCGUGGAGGCGGCCGAGGCUUCGGAAAAUUAAUAAAAGUGCUGUGCUUUUCUCCUUUCACUGAAAAGUCCUCGGUCAAUUUGGCGGUGGGGGAUUCGGCGGUAAUCAAGGAGGAUUUGGUGGUCGACCAGGUGGAUUUGGUGGUCGACCAGGCGGAUUUGGAGGCGGACCAGGCGGAUUCGGUGGAAAUCAGGGUGGAUUUGGCCCAGGGCAAGGAGGAUUUGGCGGGAACCAAGGGGGUUUCGGUGGGCAAGGUGGAUUCGGUCAGGGAGGAUUCGGUGGACAAGGUGGAUUUGGUGGACACCAAGGAGGUUUUGGCGGUGGCCCAGGUGGAUUUGGCGGGGGCCCAGGUGGAUUUGGAGGUGGCCCAGGUGGAUUUGGAGGAAACCAGGGAGCAUUUGGUGGAGCCAGAAACCGUGGUGGCAGAUUUGGAGGUGGCGGACGUGGUUUUUAAUACUAGCCAGUGCCCAACAACAAAUGCAUGUCAAGUAUGA